AUGGACAUUGACCACAAGACCAAAGGCCCGCGAGCCUGUACUACCUGCGCCAAGGCCAAGGCGAGAUGCAUCUCGGGACCGGAUGGAAGUAACAAGUGUGAACGAUGCCACCGGCUCCGGAAGCCGUGCGGUUUGCAGACCCCUGCGCCGCCUAGGGUGAAGAAGGAACCUAAGCCCACCAAGGUCGCUGAGCUGGAGAAGAGGCUGAGUGAGUUGACGACGCAGCUGAGCGCGACGCAGCAUGGUGGAGGUGGCGGCGUUGGUGUUGGUGGUAGUGGUGGUGUUGGCGGGAGCGGCGGGAGCGGCGGCAACGGCACCGUGGCAGCAAGCACUGUUGCCAAUGGGACCGUCGUGGGAAGCGCCAACUCUCCGCUCCCGCCGAGCGGCAGUAUUGCACCGGCAUCGGCCAAGAUCCCGAUCAACUGCGACCACCUCUUCCCACCGGAGGAGGCAGUUACCAGCGACGGAGGGGUUUGGUCGGACACGUCCCCGGCGCCGAGCACCUCGACGGCGGACGACCACCACACGGUCGGGAGCAGCCAGGCCGACGGCCCGGCGAAGACGGGGACGGGGACCAGGACGAGGACGGAGUCGCCCUGGCCGUUGAAUAAUGAGCAUAGUAAAAUGCUCCGGACCUUCUUGGACGACAUGCAGCCGCUGUACCCCUUUGUGAUUGUCCCUCCCAACAUGAACGCGGCGCAGUUGGCAGCGGAGAGACCGUUCCUGUGGAAGGGCAUCAUGAUGGCGGCGUCCCACUUGGACGCAACGAAGCAGGUUUUGUUGGGAGAGGAACUGUUGCAGGCAAUCGUGCAGGCUGCGUUUAUGAAGGCCAAGAAGAGUUUGGAUGUGCUGCAGGGCUUGCAGCUUUUGAUUGCCUGGUAUCACUACAACAUCAACAGCUAUCAGCUUACGAAUUUCCUCUUUCUGGCGAGGUCAAUGUGCAUCAGUCUGGGAUUCAAGGACAGCCCGAUGCAACUGGGCGAAAGGGGCAAGGGGAUUUCCAUCAGCUUCCGGAACCCGGAGAACGAAGCCAAAAAGGUGCAGACCAAGGAGCAGAUUUCGGCGCAGCUGGAGCUGAUGAGGGCUUUUGCCGGGUGUUACUACCUGAACACGCUCGUCUUCACGACGAAUAAGCGGCCUGACGCAUUCAUGAACACGACCUAUCUGGAGUCCUGCUGCAGACAAAUCGAGGAGGUCGCAGAAUACCAUAGUGAUGCGCUUCUGGUUCACCUUUUCAAGAUUCAGCAGCUCGCGCAGACAAUUUCACUUACGCUCGGGGCGGAGAGCACGAGUUUCCAGUCGCUGCAGCUGCCCCUGACAAUGGUCGUGCAGUCGUUCCAGCAGCAGCUUGAUAUUUUCAAGACGUCGCUGCCGCAGCAUCUCAAGGAUAAUGUUGGCCUUCUCGCCCACAUCAGCAUCGCCGAAGUCCUCCUCUACGAAAUCGGCAUACCAGAACCCCAGGGCCCGGCGUCCUUCAUCUCGCUGACGGAACGCCUCGAGCUCCUAUGGGGCUGCUGCAGCGCCGUAAAGUACUUUUUAGAGAUUCGCUUCCCGCGGAAUCACCUCAGCCUGCAGCCGCGCUUUACUUGUCUGAGCUCCUCGGAUUUUCUCUACGUCUUCAUCGUGUGCCUCAAGCUCAUGACGCUGGACCAGGUGCCCGGCUGGGACUUGCCGCUGGUGCAGAAGCACCUGGACCUCGGCGGGGUUGUCGAGAGCCAGGUCGCGCAUCUGGAGGUAUUUGUGGCGCAUCGAAGCGGGAAGUUUAGGAGGGCGACGGCAGCGGCAGGAGAAGAGGCGACGGAUGUGCCGGGCCCAAAAGUCACUGACCCAUUUCUGAGACUCACGGAGAUGCUGCGGUAUUUCAAGGAUAUUGUCAAGGGCGAGCUCUGCGGGUUAAAAUCGAAACCGGCGAUCCAGGAGCCGAUCCAGCUUCCCGCCAACUUGUCGGACGGCACGCAGGCCAUGAUAAGGGAUCUGGAUGCGUCGUUUUGGGCCGGUGUGCCUGGCGAAGAUCCCGAGACCUGGGAUAUCGGGAGUAUGUUCCCGUCCAUGGACUGGACUGCUACUUGA